AUGCGGCGCGGCGGCGGCGGCGGGAACGGCAGCGAGGGCGAGCCCGAGUGGCCGUGGCCGUGGCCGCCCUGCGACGAGCGGCUGUGCCUGGCGCUGCCCAUGUGGGUGCUCGUUCCCAUCACGGCCGUCUGCCUGGGGCUCUUCGUGGUCGGCGUGGCGGGCAACGUCCUCACGGUGCUGGUCAUCCGCAGCUACCGCGACAUGAAGACCACCACUAACCUCUACCUGGGCAGCAUGGCCGUCUCGGACCUGCUCAUCCUCAUGGGGCUGCCCUUCGACCUCUACCGCCUCUGGCGCUCCCGGCCCUGGAUCUUCGGGCAGCUGCUGUGCCGCCUCUCGCACUACCUCAGCGAGGGCUGCACCUACUGCACCAUCCUGCACAUCACCGCCCUCACCGUGGAGCGCUACCUCGCCAUCUGCUUCCCCCUCAAGGCCAAGGUGGUCGUCACCAAGCGCCGGGUGAAAGCCACCAUCGGCGUCCUUUGGGCCUUUGCCCUGCUCUCCGCCAGCCCCUUCUUCUUCCUGGUCGGCGUGGAGCAGCCCGACAACCGCACUGACUUCAGCCGCGAGUGCAAGCCCACCCCGCAGGCGCUGCAGUCCGGCCUGCUGGCCACCAUGUUCUGGGUCACCACCUGCUACUUCGUGCUGCCCGUCACCUGCCUCAGCGUCCUCUACGGCUUCAUUGGCCGCGAGCUGUGGCGGAGCAACUCCCGCCUGCGGGGCCCCAGCUCGCUCCUCCGGGAGAAGGGGCACCGCCAGACAGUCAGGAUCUUGGCUUUUCUACCUGAGCGCAUCCAUCAACCCUGUCCUCUACAACCUCGUUUCGAAGAAGUUCAGGGCAGCAGCCUGCAAGCUGCUGCUGCCGCGCCGAGCUGCAGAAAGGGCUUUCAAGGUAACAAAAGACGCUGGGGGCUACACAGAGACCAGCGCCAGCACAAGGAACGAGUACACCACCAGCUUCUGAGACUGCACCCCGCACUUCUUCCGGCAUUCUUGCCUAAGGGAGGGAGCAAAAGGAUGGACGUUCGUUAGGGCAUGUGGUAUUUCAUAACUGUCUGUAUUUUGGGAUACCUCUAUUUUGGAUAACAGAGCAAGCAGGCACCACUGAAGUAGGGAGAAUGAUGUGCAACUCGUGAAAGAUGAAAAGCCAAUGGGAAAAGCUGGAGUAAUUUGCCAGUAAAACCACGGGUUUACUUUAUUACGUGUUGUUCGUUGCAUGCGUUCUGUGCCAUUUCUAGUAUUUUCUAAAAAUCACAGCACCGAGGUCCGCAAAGGAGCACUGCCUGGGAGCUGUAAUGGGUAAAACUGCCAGACAGCCUUCACCAUUUUAAAACGGUUUUCUUAUAAAUGAGAUUUUACAAAACACAGUCUCGCAAGGAGAUGGACACAAAAAGAAAUGACCUGCCAACCUGAAGAGCCCUGGAAAAAGAGGUGUAUGCUUUUAGUACCUGGUCUUGCAAUCAUGAAGGGGACUUUCCUGGGCAGUUUCACUAAUUUCCCUUAGGAAAGCAUCUGUUGCACACAGCAGUCUCUGGGCUUAGCCCUCUUUGCCUGACCCAUAGGAUCAAAUAAGGACUUUUAUUUAUAUGUUAGCAACCAGUCCUGUGUUCUACAACUUGAGAUAUCCCAGAUGACUUCCUUAGGAUAGAUGAGCAGUGUUUGGUAAAUGGUAGCAGCGUCUCCACUGUGUCACAUUGUGUAUUUAUGUGCAAAUAGGGCAUAAGUUAACCCACCUUGCCACAAACAAGAUGCACUGAAUGUGCUGGACUAUGCCCAGGACUUCAUGCUGCAUAACACUGCACUGCAAGUCAAAAAUCAACUCACUAAUUCUACUCCGAAAGAUUUUAAUUGGAAACUUCAACUGUAAAUUUAGGAAGGAGGCUUGUUGUGAGGAAAAGCUAGAAGAAGCUGCAGCAGUGUUUUCUCUGGACGAUCACUGCCUCUGUGCAUUUUACUUGUUACUUUAUUGGCUCUAGUGGUAUAAAUCUGCACCAAAAUCAAUGAUGUGGGACUGCACUUACAGAGGCAUCACUGAUGGUAUGUCCAUGCUUGCCAUGGUUCUCUGUUAACUUCUCCUUUCAGGCAGUUGUAGAGAUGGAUACUGUCCCCUCUGGGCCUCCUCUUCUCCAGGCUAAACACCCCAUCUCCCUCAGCCACUACUGAACUGUGCUCCAGACCCUUUCCCAGCUCCGUUGCCCUUUUCUGGACACACUCCAGCACCUCAGUGUUCUUGUAGUGACGGGCCCAGAACAGGACACAGGAUUUGAGGUGCAGCUUCUCCAGUGCUGAUAGGGACAAUCCCUGCCCCGGUCCUGCUGGUCACACUGUACAUGAUACAGACCAGGAUGCCAUUGGCCUUCUUGGCCAUCUGGGCACAGCUGGCUCAUGUUCAUCCACUGUCAACCAGCACCCCCAGGUCCUUUGCUGCUGGGCCACUUUGCAGGCGCUCUUCCCUAAGACUGCAGCGCUGCCUGGGGUUGUGGCCAAAGUGCAGACCCAGCACUUGGUAUUGCUGAGCCUCAUGCAAUGUCCUCAGCCCAUCAAUCCAGCCAGUCCAGAUCAAUUCAACAGAAUUCAAUAGCUAGCUCAGAGAUCUCAGGGCAGCAGAACUGAACCCAAGUCUUCUCCAAGUUUUAAAACUAUGACCAGUUCUCCAUUAAAGAGUCUGUA